UGCCACGGUAGGCGCGGAGAACUGAACCGGAGCAGGCCGCAGCCGCACCACCACAACACGGGCUCGCGCUGGACGCCUCGACGCAACCUCCUCGGCGACAACGCCGACGUGAGCGAUAGCGACCAAGCAAAGCAAACCCGAUGCCGCCGCCCAGCUCCUCCUCCCUGCCACUCGCCGCCGUCGCCAUGUCCAAGCCCUCCCCCUCCCCUUCCCCUUCCCCUUCCCCUUCACCGCCUCCCAACCCCCUCGCCGCCGCCUCCUCCUUCCUCCACCACCACCUCUCCAACCUCGCCUCGCGCUUCGCCGUCCCGCGCCCCGCGCUCGCCGCCGCGCGCCCGCCGGGGCCCCAGGGCGCCUCCCACUCCCAAUCCCAAUCCCUCGCGCUUGCGCCCGACGAGGUCGCGCGGGCGCUCAUCGGCACCCCCGUGUUCACGGUCUGCAACUCCAGCAACGAGUUCGUGCUCGUCUCCGACCCCGCCACCGGCCUACGCUCCCUCGGCCUCCUCUGCUUCCGAUCCGAGGACGCCGACUCACUCCUCUCCCAUGUGAGGAAGCGGCAGCCGAUGCUAGGGAAGGGGGCAAAAGUAGUUCCCAUUACGCUUGAUCAGGUUUAUAUGUUGAAGGCCGAAGGUAUUGCUUUCCGGUUCUUACCAGACCCUCUUCAAAUAAAGAAUGCACUCGAGUUGAAAUCUGGUUUAACUGGCUUUGAUGGUGUUCCAGUUUUUCAGUCAGAUCUACUGGUUCUUAAGAAGCAGAAGAAGCGCUAUUGCCCAAUAUAUUUCCAAAAGGAGGACAUAGAAAGAGAGCUUAGAAAGACAUCUAAAGCUUCGAAAGGAUCAGCCUUAUCUAAGCAAAUCAUGGUUGGGAGUUUGGAGGAUGUCCUGAAGAAAAUGGAGAUAAAUGAUAGAAAUUCUGGAUGGGACGACUUGAUCUUCAUACCACCUGGGAAGAGCCUUAACCAACACAUCAAUGAGGCUGAAACCUGAAAGAGUUUCAGGUAGGAGGGCCUGAAGAUAAAUAUUAUUUGUCUGCCUAGCAAGUGGCUCAAGCUCACUAACGAGGACUGGUUUGUCAGCAUCUUCUAAGAAACUAAUACCUGCGAAAGAAGUGGAAUUUUGUAUGGAGAUUCUUGGUUUUGGAACGGCCUAAGGCGUGCAAAUCAUUUGUUCGUUGCUAGGUCGAUUCUACCACUAGAAUGACGGACAGAUUUGCUUAGGAUACUUGGGCUGCUAAUGAGCCACUUUGUCAGCAAUAUCCUAUCCUCCUAUAUAUAAUGUUAUGAGGCAGCAAAA